CACAACUUUCUCUACCAAUUCUAUAUCCUACCUUGUGAAGCAAUUAAUGGCUCAUUUUCUUUUCUUUUUUUUGCUCUUUGCUGGGCAACUGAUGGGUGGAUUCAGUACCCCAAAACUACCUCCAUCUCACCAUGGAGACAUAUUAACUAUUCUGAGCAUUGAUGGUGGUGGUAUCCAGGGGAUUCUUCCAGCAACUGUUCUUGAGCACUUAGAUAAGGCUCUUAAGGCUAAGGAUCCAAAUGCAGAUUUAGCACAUUAUUUUGAUGUGAUAGGAGGAAGUGGCACUGGUGCACUCAUAACAGCUAUGUUAGCGACCGCAAGCCCUGAUGAUCCUACUCGUGGUGCCUUUACUCCUGCACAAAUAGUAGACUUCUACAAACAAAAUGGCCCUCAUGUAUUCAAUUCAUCUAGACCUGGAAACGGUCCCCAAUUCGAUGGGGAGUUUUUACAUAACAUAACUCGUGAAGUGUUGAAGGAUACACGACUUAGUCAAACACUGACUAAUGUUGUAAUCCCAACUUUCGACAUCAAGAGACAAAAGCCAGUUAUAUUCUCAAACUACAAGGUAGAGAAGUAUCCCUACUUCAAUGCCUUGUUGUCGGAUAUAUGCAUAUCGGCUUCAGCAGCACCCACUCUUCUGCCACCUUACUAUUUUAAGAAUGAUGGUGUUGAGUUCAAUAUGAUUAGUGGUGCAUUUCAAAAGAACAAAGUUAUGUGAUUUCAUUUGUAUGAGUUUGUAUUAGUUAUCCAUGCUUGUUGUACUAUCUACAGAAUAAGGUUGAAGCCAUAUAUAUGUUAUAUAUGCAAGCAAGAACCACGAAUAAUAUACCAAGCAUGUCCCUUUUGUAAAAACAAGGUUAAAUCUAUUUCAGUUCUAAUUAAACCUA